AUGUGUGGGGGCAGCCGGGAUGACCCAAGCCUGACUCAGCACCCACAGAGGUACCCGCUCCGCUGGGGAAGCUGCCGUCCUGCCUGCGGCGGUGAUAAUGGAGUGCUGCGGGAUGUCUGGCAGAGGCUCUAUGUUCAGGCCUCCUGCUGUGUCUCGGCAGAUGAUAAACAUGCUGAAGUGAAAGAAAAUCGAGAACCGGCUUUGGAGAGAAUAGAGGACAGCCACGAUGUGAUGUCUAGGUUGGUAAAAAACGAGAUGCCCUACCUCCUCUGGACCAUCAAGAGGGACAACACUGACUAUCACAACCUGACCUGUGACCAGAUGCUGAACCACUAUGCCAAGACUGCCUCCUUCACCACCAAAAUCGGGCUGGGCCUGAACAUGCGGAGCCUGCCCUGGUAGGUCCCGGUGAACCCCGACUCCUUCUUCCCACACUGCUACAGCCUCUGCACCGACAGCGAGCAGCAGGAGUUCCUGGAUGCUGAAAAUGCUGAGGCAAAGCUCAGGGGCCUUCCCUGGAAGCUUGUGGACGUCACAUGCAAGGUGUGCCAGACCUACCUGGGGAAACUGGAGCAUGAGGACAUCGACAUGGCAGAGGACACCAUGGAGGACCUCACCGAGGCCGAGUGGGAGGACCUGACCCAGCAGUACUACGCCCUCAUUCAUGGUGACGCUUUCAUCUCCAAUUCAAGAAAUUACUUUCCGCAGUGCCAGGCUCUACUGAAUAAAAUCACGUCCGUGAACCCUCAGACGGAUAUUGACGGGCUGCAGAACAUCUGGAUUAUGAAGCCUGCAGCCGAGUCCUGGGGCCGAAACAUAGUGUGCAUUGACCGUCUGGAGAAGAUCCUCAAGCUGGUGGCUGCAGAGCACCCUCCUUCCAGGGACAACAAGUAGGUGGUCCAGAAGUACAUUGAGACACCAAUGCUCAUCUAUGACACCAAGUUUGACAUCAGGCAGUGGUUCCUCGUCACGGACUGGAACCCCCUGACCAUCUGGUUCUACAAGGAGAGUUACCUGCGGUUCUCAACACAGCGCUUCUCCCUGGACAAGCUGGACGGCGCCAUCCACUUGUGCAACAAUGCUGUCCAGAAGCACCUGAAGAAUGAUGAGGGCCGCAGCCCUCUGCUGCCAGCACACAACAUGUGGACCAGCGCCAGGGUCCAGAAGCAUCUGCAGCGCCGGGGCCGUGGCGACAUGUGGGGCAGCGUCAUUUACCCGUCCAUGAAGAAGGCCAUCACCCACGUCAUGAAGGUGGCGCAGGAUCACGUGGAGCCUCGUAAGAACAGCUUUGAGCUCUACGGGGCCGACCUCGUGCUCAGGAGGGACUUCAGGCCCUAGCUGAUUGAGAUCACCUCCAGCCCCACCAAGCACCCGUCCACGCCCAUCACGGCCCAGCUGUGCGAGAAGGUGCAGGAGGACACCAAGGUGGCCAUGGACCGCAGCUGUGACAUCGGCAACUUGGAGCUCCUGUGGAGGCAGCCUGCGGUCGAGCUGCCCCCAUUCACCGCUGACCUCUGCGUGGCUGGCAUCGGCGUGAGGAGGGCAAGGAGGCAGGUGCUGCCUGUCUGCAACCUCAAGGCCUCUGCCUCGCUGUGGGACGCACAGCCACUGAAGGCACAGUGCCCCCUUGCCAUGCCGGACCCCACCCAGGGACCCACACGACCGGCUCUCCAGCAAGACCUGGGACUGAAGGAUGAGAAGGGGCUCCCCCUGGCCUUGCUGGCACCCCUAAAAAGGCCAGCCGAGAGCGGCAGAGCCGUGCAUCCCACCCGAACCAAGGCUGCUGGGAAGGCGGAGCUCCCUGCCUGCCUCUGCUGCCACGUGGACAGUCAGACCCUGAACACUGGUGAGCCCAAAGCCCAGCCUACCAAAUGCUCAGAUCCAAACCUUUUUAAUGUGCACCCCCUGGCGCCUGUGCUGCAGGGUCUGAAGACAGAGGAGGAUGCCCUGCGUCUGCCACCCGGAGCCCCAGGUAACAUGGGGGCUGUGGGGGCUGCCUGCUCCAUCCCAACCCUCCCUCGCCAGGCACAGGCUGCAGCCACCUCUCAGACCACGGGCACCACGUGGGAUGUCGGGCAUGGGGCCUGCUCCCUCCAGCAGCUCCUAGCAUCAGAACAGCCCAUGGGGCCUGGGCUGCAGAGGGACCCCCGAGCGCCGCCUUGCCUCGUGUGCCGUGGUCCUGCAGGACUCGUCCUUCGUGCCGCUGGGCGGGCGGAGCUGCAGCCCGAGGACCCCGUGAGCCGGGACCCACGCGGGGACCAGGAUGAUGACCCGGAGCCAGACGCGUGUCCGUGGAAACCUGCGCGGAGCUGA